GCACAGAUUACCUCUUUCUGUGGUUCUGUGUGUCACAUUUUUGUUUAUGUUGGAAAUGGAACGUUUUCUGACAAGCUAUGUUUUCCAUUUUUUUUAUUGUAAAUGAAAUAUCAAUUAUUAUUUACUAGUUUCCAACUUUUACACGAUGUUUAUUGUUUUCAUUUGAUUGCGUACUAUGAAACUAAGAAAAAAUGAAUUCAAAGUCAAAAGCUAUUACUUUGAUGUUAUUGUUAGCAUGUGUGUUUUAUUUUUCUGCAGGUAGCGUUAAUAUUAAGGACAUAUCUAAUAAAUUGGCAGAAGAUGUAAAAAUACUGAAAAAUGAGGAAAUGGGAUUUUUAUUUAGUGAGAAAUUGUUUCACAAUUUGAGAACUGUACCCUCUGAAUUAAAUUCAGUGUCUUCUCAUUUACAACAAAUGGUAGAAAAGCUGGAAAACAAAAUAAACAGCGUUUUUUCUGCUAUGGACGAUGCUACACAAAUAUUGUCUGAGUUGAGUUCAAAUAAAAACGAGCCUUCAUCCGCAUUAUUGCCAUGUGCAAAGGAAAAAACUGUAGUAGUAGAUGCAGUACUAGGUGCUAACUUAAUGAACAGUAGCAAUAUAAGUAAUGUCCUGGGUUCAAAAUACAUUUUGUAUCAAAUGAGAAAAAACGUUACCAAAUACAAGCCACUCUCAAAUGCCCUAAAGCAGGAAUACAUUAUAUCAGAACAAGAUUUAAAUGAUCUGCAAUAUUCACAGUUUUCUGAAUGUCUAGGACAUGAUGAGACAAUUAUAUGGAAAAACUACAUGUCACAUCAGAAUUAUUUGAGAAAGAAUAUUGUUUUAUUGCUUGAUCAUGGUGGUUCAUUGAGCAAGAGACAGCUGCACAUUUCAAAGUCAAUAGCCAAACAAAUGCUGGGAUCUCUAAGCGAAAACGACCAAGUUGCAUUAGUAGCUGUAGCUUCUAAUUGGUCACUUCCUGAUCGAGAUUGUUCGGAUAAUCAAUUAUUGAAGCCAUCGAUAUGCAUGAAAUCUGCGAAACCUUCUUAUUUAUUGAAGUUAAAUAAUUUUAUCGACUCCCUUGCUAAAGGAAGUGGUGCUACAAAUCAUGUGAUGGGUAUUCAAAAAGCAUUGGAAGUCGUGUUAAAAACGUCUAAUCUAACGCCAGAUGAUAUAACUGUGAUAAUUUACAUUAGUCGGGGGUUAUUGUCAUCUCUAACAGAAGCUAGACGUGUACUGACGGUAAUGGCUCAGCAAACAAAUUUUGUACAUUUUCCAAUUUACAUUCAUACAUGUGCAGUUAUUGAUGAAAUGAAGUCUGUAAUGUAUGAAACUCAUUUUCUUCGCGAUGUAGCUGACCAGAACUUUAUGAAACACAACAUUUCGCAUUCGAACAAUUACUUUCGGAAACCUGGUUACAUGAUGACUGUUAAUAAGACUGAAGAUAUAGGCUUUGUUAUGAAUAAGUUCUUUAGCAUUUUUAAUUCGCACUCUGGAUUUAACACAAACAAAAAAAUUUCUUUGCCAUACUGGGACCUGCAAAGCGGCGAAUUUACAGUUUCUUUUACGAGAGGCCAUACAUCAGAAAAUACUAAGAGUUUUACGAUGAUCGGAACUGACGUAUAUUUUUCCAACAUGGUUGAGGAUGUAACUUACUAUAGCAGUGAUCAGCAAUAUUCGUAUGCAUUUCUGAUUGAUUUAGAGGGUCGAGUAUUGGUUCAUCCUUCAAUUUUGCGACCGUCGGUCAUCAGCCAUCAACUGUCCUUUGUCGAUAUUAAGUAUAUUGAAACAGUACCUGAUAUUAAAUUUUUAAGGCAGAUAUUGCUCUCUGAAUAUAAAGGAAAUCAUCUUACGAAGAAUAAUAUGGGUCAGGAGUUGCAAUACACAUGGAUGAGAAUUGGAGAAUGGUAUGUACUGGCCAUUGUUAUAAAUCAAGGCUAUCACAAUUUUAAUAUACCAUUCAAAGCGGCUCCAAAUCCAUCUGUGAAAAAGCUGUUGUACCAGGACUUAGAUGGUUCAGAAAAUCACAAGCUGUGUAGGCAUCUUAGCCAAAUCGCUACGUUAGACGUUGGGUCUCUUUAUUUAAGCAGAUCAUGCUUUCAGUCUCCUUAUUCGGCAUCCAGAACGACUCAAGGCGGCUUGGUCGAUCAAGGUUAUUUAGCAUAUUUGAAAGAUGAUACUGGUUUGCUAAUUAACCCUGGCUUGAAACGGGAAGUACGACAUGAAGUAUCUGCGCUGGCACAUAUUUUGGAUUUUCUGAGAAAAAAACAUUUAUCAUCUGAAAUGUCCAAGUAUAUAGUGAGGCGCUACGCAGCGUCAUAUAGUGGAGUACUUCAAAUGUUUCCGGGAAGCGUGUUGACCAAUGGUUUGGAAACUACAAAGCGUUCAUGGUUUUUACGUGCAUUACAACAUCAAAAUAAAACAAUUUUCAUACCCCCAUACUUAGAUAAAGGGGGCGCAGGAUAUAUUGUCACUAUAGCAUAUGCAACUCCUCAGUUUGUUAUAGCCAUGGAUCUUACGUACGGAUAUAUGCUGAAAAUGCUCUUGAGAUACAUGCCAUAUUGUCUGAAUGAUAAGAUUACUUGUUUCCUAAUUGAUGAUCAAGGCUACAUAAUAUUCCAUCGAAAUUUAACGGAUCUUAAUGGUUCUCGACCUGUAGAACAACAGCAUAUUGUUCACAGAGAAUCAUUAGUGGCAAAUGAUAUUUUAAAUCAUAAACAGUUUAUUAAAAAAUUAUUAUGCAACGAUUAUGGGGACAAUAAGAUUCAACGUUAUUAUAGAUUAAACACGAGUUUUACGGAUGAUCUGGUAAACCACGUUCCCGGAGAGCAAUGUGUGACAUAUCAUAUAACUUCGGUGCCAGACACAAAUAUAUUUGUAGGUGUAGUGAAUGCGUCCUGUGAUGUAGUUCCCGCUUUCUGUCCAUGCAGUAUAAUUGACCGUUUAUGUUUGAACUGUAAUAGAAUGGAACAGAAGGAAUGUGAAUGUCCUUGUGAAUGCCCAUUUCACUCCGAAACCAGUUCUUGCCAAGAGGCGAAUCAAAAUUUGACGGAUAAUUUACCGUGUAAGUGGAAUGUUGAAGAAGCCUUAUCUGAGGAUGCACAUUUUUCAAUGGACUUGGAUUCCAGCCUAGAACCUUGUUUUCCAUUUAACUGUCAAACCGAACGAUCUGUUUUGGAUUGCGUAGGGGUUAUUGGAUGUGAAUGGUGUAUGUACGACAUGAAUGGCGACUUAUUGAAAAAUCCAUUUUGUUCCACAAUCACAACUUGCUUUAGUGGGGUUUAUGGGUUGAGUAAUCCGUAUAGAAGUAAUAUUCCAGAGCUGUCACCAACAAACGACUCGGAAUAUUCUCCUUUAGGUCCGAUUCUUGGACUGGUAACAGCCAUGUUUAUACUGUUUAUUUUACUGUAUAUUUGCUAUCGUUCCUACACCAAUCCCCCAGUUAAUGGACUUUAUUUGUCUUCUGCUCAAAAUCAAAUGAGAUUGAGUGACUUGAACGUUAAUGAAGUAUUCCAUGAUUCCGGAAAUCAUAGAGAUAAACUGUUGACAGACGACUGUCUUACUCCUUCACCCUAUUGCGUCGCGAGUAAUUACAGGAGGAACAAUACAGCGGCUGAUUCUGAUCAUGGGUAUUCCACGAUGACACCUCAUGAUGAAUCUGAGCAUCUCUCUCUUGCCCCUAUGGAAAUUGAUUCAUUAGAAGAUGAUGUCAUGUCUGAUAAUGCCUCUAUGUCUACCUCUGUUUCUAUGAAAAAUAAUCCAUCACACAUUGUUUCGCCUAUGUUGACGAAAAUUCCACAUAGAAAUUGUAUUAUUGUGCCUGUUACAGUACAUAGGAACAUGGAUGCUACUGAGAAUAGGUCAUUAUGUUUAAGUUAGUACUUAUGAUGUUUGACAAAUAGUAAUCCUAUCAUAACAAUAAUCACUAUUAAACCUCUAAUUACCGUUCAAUUUAAUAAAAUUGAACCCUGUUUGCAAAUGACGCUGCUAAUUAUGUAAAAAUUUUAAUCUAAUUUUUAAGCUUUAUUGGCUCAUUCGUUAAAACAAAAAUAGCAAGUUGUAGUUUCAAUGAAAGCUUAAAAUUGAAAAUGCUUUUUCACCAUUACAUUGUAUUCUGAUAUACGUUUUUUAUAAGCAUGUACCACUUUAUUGUUAAAACAUAUAGACUUAAUUAUAUUCAAAUGACAAUAUUUUUAAACAAAUUAAAUUGAUGUUAAUUUGUUCGAAGCGAUAGGAAGGCAAAUCAUGAACUUUUUGCUCUGACUUGAUGGUUUACCUAUAAUUUUACUCAGGCUUCAUACGACUACCUUACAGUAUUCUUGUAUUUAGUAAAUAUUUUCAGUUUA